UUGGUCAAAUGACGGAUAAAAAAAGGGGGCUUUGCUUUGCUUCUUCUCAUUCUCUCUCUCUCUCUCUCUCUCUCUCUCUCUCUCUCUGCUCUCUGUAUCUCUGUCUAUCUUCUUCGUUGCAAUCCCUAAAUUGUGUGUUCUUACCCUCAAUCAAUCUUCCUUACAAGGACAAUGGGAACGUUCGAGAAUUGAGACUCCAAAGUGAAGUCUAAUCGGCAUACAAACUGAAGCCUUUCGAGCUGUCUCUCGCAACCUCCGUCGGGUAAAGAGAGGGUUUUUUUUUUGGGUGUUUUCGCUCUGAUUCGGUGGUCUCUGGUCGCUUAGAUGGACAUGGAGAGUGCAGAUACUGAGCCUACUAGCUUGAAUUGUGGUAACAACAUGGUUGUAAAAGCUUACCCAUUAGGAAUGGUACGGGUUAUGAAUAACAACGGCAUUGGAGAAGACGAAGGAGACUCUGGAGUUGAACCAUAUGUUGGACUAGAGUUUGAUACCGCAGAGGAAGCGCGUGAAUUCUACAACUCUUAUGCUACGCGGACGGGUUUCAAGGUUAGGACAGGUCAACUGUAUAGGUCCAGGACCGAUGGUACGGUUUCAUCAAGGAGGUUCGUCUGCUCAAAGGAAGGUUUUCAGUUAAAUUCAAGAACAGGAUGUCCUGCGUUUAUCCGAGUGCAGCGACGAGAUACUGGGAAAUGGGUUCUUGACCAGAUUCAAAAGGAGCACAACCACGAGCUUGGAGGCCAUGUGGAGGAGACUACUCCUCGUCCUUCUGUACAACAGAGAGCACCGGCUCCUACGAAGCUAGCCAUAUCGGUUCCACAUAGGCCCAAGAUGAAAGUUGUUGACGAGGCUGAUAAAGGACGGUCAUGCCCUUCUGGUGUGAUCUCUUUCAAGCGCUUCAAAGGAGCUGAAGAGAGUGAUGUGCAAACGCAGCAGCACAAGGCUACUGAGCCUCAUGCAGGGUUGGAGUUUGGUUCAGCUAAUGAAGCGUGCCAGUUUUAUCAAGCGUAUGCUGAAGUUGUAGGCUUUAGAGUUCGUAUCGGCCAGUUGUUUAGGUCGAAAGUCGAUGGAUCGAUCACAUCCAGAAGGUUUGUUUGUUCAAAAGAAGGGUUUCAGCAUCCUUCGAGAAUGGGAUGUGGUGCUUACAUGAGGAUCAAAAGACAAGACUCCGGAGGUUGGAUAGUUGAUCGUCUCAAUAAAGAUCAUAAUCACGAUCUUGAACCUGGGAAGAAGAAUGCUGGUAUGAAGAAAAUAACAGAGGAUGUGACGGGAGGGUUGGAUUCGGUUGAUCUUAUCGAGCUAAACGACUUCAGCAAUCACAUGAACAAAACCAGAGAGAACACAAUAGGUAAGGAAUGGUAUCCAGUGCUUCUCGACUAUUUCCAGUCAAAACAGGCAGAAGACAUGGGAUUCUUUUACGCCGUUGAGCUUGAUAGCAAUGGAAGCUGCAUGAGCAUUUUCUGGGCAGAUAGCCGGUCAAGAUUCGCGUGCAGCCAGUUUGGUGAUGCUGUUGUGUUAGAUACUUCGUAUAGAAAAGGAGAUUACUCUGUUCCGUUUGCUAUGUUUAUUGGUUUUAAUCACCAUAGGCAACCUGUGCUUCUUGGAGGUGCCUUAGUUGCUGAUGAAUCUAAAGAGGCUUUCUCGUGGUUGUUUCAGACAUGGCUUCGUGCUAUGUCAGGUCGUCGCCCGAGGUCUAUUGUAGCUGAUCAAGACUUGCCUAUCCAGCAAGCUGUGGCUCAAGUCUUUCCCGGGACUCAUCACCGGUUCUCAGCGUGGCAAAUAAGGUCCAAGGAACGUGAAAAUCUCAGGUCGUUUCCCAAUGAAUUCAAGUACGAGUACGACAAGUGUUUAUACCAGACGCAGACAACAGUCGAGUUUGACACCAUGUGGAGUGCUCUUGUCAACAAAUAUGGCCUUAGGGAUAACAUGUGGCUCAGAGAAAUAUAUGAAAAGCGCGAGAAUUGGGUACCGGCGUAUCUUAGAGCCAGUUUCUUUGGUGGUAUCCCUGUAAACGGCACAUUCGAACCGUUUUACGGCACUUCUCUGAAUUCUCUGACGUCUCUCAGGGAGUUCAUCUCGCGGUAUGAGCAAGGACUCGAGCAGCGCCGUGAAGAGGAAAGAAAAGAAGAUUUCAAUUCUUAUAACUUGCAGCCAUUUCUGCAGACAAAAGAACCCGUUGAAGAGCAGUGCAGGAGGCUGUACACUCUCACCAUCUUCAGGAUUUUCCAGAGCGAGCUCGCACAGUCUUAUAAUUACCUCGGUUUAAAGACCUAUGAGGAAGGAGCCAUCAGCAGAUUUCUGGUGAGGAAAUGUGGGAACGAGAACGAGAAGCACGCAGUGACUUUCAGUGCGUCGAAUCUCAACGCGAGCUGCAGUUGUCAAAUGUUUGAGUACGAAGGACUUCUGUGCAGACAUAUAUUGAAAGUGUUCAACCUCUUAGACAUUCGAGAACUCCCAUCUCGGUAUAUACUACACCGUUGGACCAAGAACGCGGAGUUUGGGUUUGUGCGCGAUGUUGAAUCAGGUGUGACUUCUCAGGACCUCAAGGCCCUGAUGAUCUGGAGCUUGAGAGAAGCAGCUUCAAAGUAUAUAGAGUUUGGGACAUCGUCUCUGGAGAAGUAUAAGCUUGCAUAUGAAAUCAUGCGUGAGGGUGGGAAGAAACUGUGUUGGCAGAGAUAAAUAAGCAAACCAAGUAAGAUUAAAAAGCAAGAGGUUUUGUUUGUUUGUUGUUGUAGCCUGUUGGGGUAUUUUUGUCCUCUCCGUUUGAGGAAGAUGAAGCCUUUGUUCAUGGCAGCCGCCGAUGUAAAUCCUAACUCUUUUGUUAACUUCAGUCACCGCAAAUGGUGGUGGUGGAGAUGGCAGAGUCGUAUCCGGUGGGGAGGGUUUAACGACGACUCGUCUCUUCUCUUGUUGCUUUGUUUGAUGUUGUUUCCAUAAAUUAGAGUUUUUGGAAGAUUCGAACAUUUGGGCGGAUCUAUGGAAUAGAAUGUUUUCGGCAGCUUAUAUGAAAAAUAGUGAAACAAAGAAGGAUGUAAUGUAAUAUUAUCAUCAAGUUAUUUUCCAUUCUCG